GAUAGUCAGCAAAUCAGACAGUCCGGGGUUGGGUUUUUCUCUCCUCCACAUAGCGAGAAAGCGAGAGAGAGAAGAGGGCUGACAAAAGUACGAGUUUCAAGCAUGACGAGACAAAGACAGUGAUUGAACAUUGUCAGAUAAUGAUUUAAGUCAUUUUGGGGACCCGCCAUGGCGAUAAGGGAGCUCAAGGUUUGUCUUUUAGGGGACACCGGUGUGGGCAAAUCCAGCAUCGUGUGUCGCUUCGUCCAGGAUCACUUUGAUCACAACAUCAGUCCCACGAUAGGAGCCUCAUUCCUGACCAAGACAGUGCCAUCCGGAAGCGAGCUGCACAAAUUCCUGAUCUGGGAUACGGCGGGACAGGAACGGUUCCACUCAUUAGCUCCGAUGUACUACAGAGGAUCAGCUGCUGCUGUCAUUGUCUAUGACAUCACAAAAUUGGACUCUUUCCAGACACUAAAGAAGUGGGUGAAGGAGCUGAAGGAACACGGACCCGAGGACAUCGUUGUCGCCAUCGCAGGGAACAAGAAUGACUUGGGAGACAUCAGAGAAGUCCCCAUGAAGGAGGCCAAGGAGUUUGCCGAAUCCAUUGCCGCCAUCUUCAUCGAGACCAGCGCCAGGAACGCGGUUAACGUGGAGGAGCUUUUCCAGAAGAUCAGCAAACAGAUCCCACCGCUGGAAAACCCAGACGUUGAAAGCACCGAGUCGUUCAAACUGACCCGACAGCCUGCUCCGUCCACCAGGAGGUGCUGCUAAUACAGCCACAAACAGUCAAGAUCACAACCGCCAUCGCAGAACAUGAGUAUACGCAGUGCCACAUGCACUAAAAAGUAUGAGGGCCACUAUGAAAAUAAAAAACGUAAUAUUCUGAGGAAAAAGUCAGAAUAUUACUGGCAUCAAGUCAUAAAAUUACAAGAAAAAGUUAUAAUAUUACAGAUAAAAGUUGUAAUAAUCUCCUAAUAAUCUUUUAUUUUACAGGAAUAAAGUUGUAAUAUUAAAAAGAUUUUAGUUGUGAUUUUAUAUUGCGAAAAAAGACGUAAUUUCACCUGAAUAAAUUCCUAAUGCUACAAGAAACAAGUCAACAUUUUAAAAGAAAACUUUUGUAAUAUAACAGGGGGGGGAAAUUAUUAUUACAAGAAAAAACAGGCUACGCAAGAAAAAAUAUUUGAAGAGGAAAGUUACAAAGUGAGAUUUUUACAACAAAUGUAUCAUUUUACGAGAAAAAGUAAUCAUUUUCAAAGACCUUGUCAAGCAUUGCCCUCCCGAUGAGUUGCAUUCAACUGCUCUCAUUACCUUCAAUGCACUGUGGCUCUUCAAUGGCACAUUAACAUACAAUUUCAAUGCACUUGUGUAGCACACACAGAAGCAUGUGUGGAGCACACACACAUGCACUUGUGUAAGAUGUAACUGUAAUGCUGCACAAUGACGGUUACAGUAUGGCGCCUCUUGCUGGAACACUGUGACCCCCUUUACUACAACUGUUUAAAUACUGAAUGAACUACAGUGGAACCUCCACUGUGGAACCAUCAUGUCAAGUGUAAAAAGAAGUCAACCGCUGUUAAUUGAAAUAAGGUAAAAGCGGUCAGUCUUUCAAGACGCCUGAAAGUCAUGUCAAGGGGAUGGAACAGGUAGUUUGCCCGUUUAUGUUUGCUCUUUGCUGUGUUUCUUAUAUUAUAAAGAUUCCAGUUCUAAGGUUGGAUUGUCAUACAAAAGUGGUAAUUUUAUGGGGGAAACUUGCAAUUUUAUGAAUACAAAAAAGUUGUCAUUUAAAAAAAAAAAAUUAUAAUUUUUUUUUAAGUCUCGCUUUUUACGAGAAGGAAGUCUGAAUUUUAUGAAAAUAGUAUAAUUUAUUGAGGGAAAAUUUGUAAUGUUGUGUAAAUAAAAUUUUACAUUUGUGAAAUUGGUAAUUUAUCGAGAAUCAUUUUUCCUAAGUAUAAAAUUGAAAUUAUAAGUAUAAAGUCAAACAUUUAUGGGACAAAAAAGUUGUCAUUCAGCAAGAAUACAUUCAGAAUUUUAUGAAAAUAGUCAUCAUUUUACGAGGAAAACAAAUCCUAAUUUCGAAAAAAUUAUAUUUUGUGUAAUUAGUUGUAAAUUUGCAAGAAUAAAGUCAUAAUUUUAUGAGUAAAAUUGUAAUUUUAUGGAAAAAAAGUUGAAAUUUUACUACGCUAAAGUCAUAAUAUUAUGAGAAAAAAAGUUACAAUUUUAGAGAAUUCUUCUUUACUUUUUUAAAGAAAAAUGUAUCGUUUUACAAAAAUGAAGUCAGAAUUUUACAAGAAUAAUCAUAAUUUUAUGAAGGGAGAAAAAAAAAAUUUCUAGUUGCUGUUUGCCAUUGGAUACGUUUCUUACGACACAAAAAGUUCAAUUUCCUUUUCAAUGGCUAUCAUCACCUUUUUCCAUGCAGUGAUAACCAUAAAACAGGAAAUGGAACUUUUUGCGAAGUCGCUGCACACACAUCCUCACCAUUGCUGCUCAGUAUUAUAUGGCGUUCACUCCUUGUCAGAAUCAGAAUCAGAAUCAUCUUUAUUUGCCAAGUAUGUCCAAAACACACAAGGAAUUUGUCUCCGGUAGUUGGAGCCGCUCUAGUACAACAAACAGUCAAUUUACAGAACACUUUGGGGACAUAAAGACAUUGACAAAAAACAACAUUGACAAAAAGAUGCAGAGUCCUCUAGCACUUAGAGCAGUUCGAACGACUGAUAUUGCAAUAGUCCGGUGCAAUGACCAUUGUGCAAAGGGCGCUGAGACUUCAAGGAGUGUAUGCGGUUUAAAGUGACGAGUAGUGCUAUCAUCUGGGACAACGUUGGUUGUGCAAAUGUUACAGAUACUCCUCAAUCAGUGUGCAAAUGGAGCAGAUGCUACUCUGGCAUGAGUGGCCAGUAUAUGCAAAUAGUGCAGCAUGGCGAGACAACUACAGUGAGUGCACGAGUAAUACAUAAUUGGCCCCACAGAAAUGUGACAACGAACUCAAGUCAAAAAAAUUGCCAGCUUGUUGUAAUGGAAUUAUAGGUUAGGUGUUUAAGAAGUUGAUCGCAAGAGGGAAGAAGCUGUUGGAAUGUCUACUAGUUCUAGUUUGCGUUGAUCGGUAGCGCCUACCUGAGGGAAGGAGCUGGAAGAGCCGGUGACCGGGGUGCAGACGGUCCGAGAGGAU